AUGAACUUAACAUCUAUACCUAAAAACCAUUUCAAUUACAUUACACCAGCAGCCUGCUCAGGGACUCCCGAAGAGCCUGCAGACGGGACUUCCCCGGGCCGGGAGGCUAAGGGGCUGUACCGCACAAUGGGGUUAGGAGCUGAAAACGCAGACAGUAUCGGUGCCGUGCUGAACAGUAAAGAUGACCAGCGGGAGAUCGCCGAAACCAGAGAAUUGUGUAGGGCUGCUUAUGAUACUUCUGCACCAAAUGCAAAACGCAAAUACCCAGAUGAGGGAGAAGCUGAUGAGGAAGAGAUUGAAGAAUAUAAGGAUGAAGUAGAGCUGCAGCAAGAUGAAGAGAACCUGCCCUAUGAAGAAGAGAUUUACAAAGAUUCCAGUACCUUUCUUAAGGGUACUCAGAGCUUAAAUCCACACAACGAUUACUGCCAGCACUUUGUGGAUACAGGACACAGACCCCAGAACUUCAUCAGAGAUGUUGGCUUAGCAGAUAGGUUUGAAGAAUAUCCAAAACUUAGAGAGCUCAUCAGAUUGAAGGAUGAGCUGAUAUCUAAAUCUAACACUCCUCCCAUGUACUUACAAGCAGACUUGGAAGCUUUUGAUAUUAGGGAACUGAAGUCCAAAUUCGAUGUCAUUCUCCUGGAACCACCACUGGAAGAAUACUACCGAGAGACUGGCAUUACUGCCAAUGAAAAAUGCUGGACCUGGGACGAUAUCAUGAAAUUGGAAAUUGAAGAAAUUGCAGCCCCAAGGUCAUUUGUGUUUCUGUGGUGCGGUUCAGGCGAGGGUCUGGAUCUUGGCCGAGUGUGUCUACGCAAAUGGGGUUACAGAAGAUGUGAGGACAUUUGCUGGAUUAAAACGAAUAAGAACAAUCCUGGAAAGACCAAGACUCUCGACCCUAAGGCUGUUUUCCAAAGAACCAAGGAGCACUGCCUCAUGGGCAUUAAAGGAACUGUGCGUCGCAGUACAGACGGUGACUUCAUCCAUGCUAAUGUUGACAUUGACCUGAUCAUCACAGAGGAGCCUGAAAUUGGCAACAUAGAAAAACCUGUAGAGAUUUUUCACAUCAUUGAACAUUUCUGCCUUGGGCGACGACGUCUUCAUCUGUUCGGAAGGGACAGUACAAUUCGACCAGGUUGGCUGACUGUAGGACCCACUCUCACAAACAGCAAUUUCAACGCAGAAACGUAUUCUUCGUACUUCACAGCUCCAAACUCCCACCUGACCGGCUGUACCGAAGAGAUUGAGAGACUUCGGCCCAAGUCACCACCACCCAAGUCCAAGUCUGACCGGGGAGGUGGUGCUCCCAGGGGAGGAGGAAGAGGAGGGACUUCAGCAGGCCGAGGAGAAAGGGGCAGAGAGAGGAACAGAACUAACUUCCGGGGUGAGAGGGGUGGCUUCAGAGGGGGACGUGGAGGUACCCACAGGGGAGGCUUCCCCACCCGCUGAUGACUGUUAGGUAAUCGCUUCUUCCCCCGGUCCUUUGCCUCAUCUCUGAAUCUCUUUCUUAGUCUUGUUCUUGCUGAAGUGAAUUGUUCUGGGGCCUCACGCUAGAUGACUUCUAAAAUCGGUUUUGGCGCAAGCCGUUACGGAUAGCCUGCCUUCCAGUGACCGGCCCAGGCCAGGCCCCGCACCUGACGGUACUAAAGUGGGCCUCCCGGCAGCUUCUGUUUGUCAAAGCAGAGCGCACCAUCUCUUCAAACCACGGGUAGGAUUGAAGAUACUUGCUCUUCCCUCACGAAGCUUGCAAGGUGUGGGCUUUUUUUUAACUGUUGUUUUCUCCAAAACAUGAAUUCCUCUUCCUUCUUUGAAGGUUCAGGCUUGGACUGACUUAGAAUUAAUUGCGGUGGAGGGGGCAUGAAAUGCAGUUCUGAAUUGCAUGGCCAUAGCAGGCGUACUCUUAUUCAUGGAAGGGAAAGCGCUGUGUCUAUAUUGACACCUAUUUUAACUUCUCUGAAACUAAGGAGCAAAUGGAAUAAAUAGAAUUCUAUUUUUUCUUAUAUUUGGUUUAAAUUUCCCAAAUUAUUCCUGGGAACAGGGAACAAAUUUGCUUUUCAUUUGUGGUGUCUAUGCACUCGCUUUUCAUAUCUGUAGUGGGGAGAGUGGUAAUUCCAUGCAGUUGUCACGAAGUCACACAUUUAUAGGCAGUCCAGAACUUCUACAUAUGGGGUUUUCCGCCCAGCGUCUGCUCAUAACAAACAGCCUUGUUCCUUGGUAGGGAAAACCAGUGUUAUUGCAGAGCAGUUGCAAUGACCUCGCUGGAGGUGGCGUUGGAAAUGUGAGGCGGUGUUGGAAGAGUGAGUGCUUCCCAAGACCUGGGUGCGGGAACGGAACAGAGUGGCUGGCUUUGCCUGUGGGCCUUACGCCUGUUGGGAACAGCGUUUCCUGUGGGUCGUCAGCUCCAGAGUACCGUGUGAAAUGAAAGCCAUUCACUUUGGUAGGUACCAUAUUUGUUUUUAGCAAAACCAGAACUCUGAACUUCUUGGUCAGUAAUUGGUAGCCUGAACACGUCUGGCUGGCAAAGUCUCCAAGUUGUAGGUGUGGAUUUUGGAAAAUUGGCUUUUAAGUCUCACAAUGUUUCUCUCCUGAAGCCUAGCUUUUAAUAACUGUCCUGUAAAGUAGUGGAUUAUUAAACUUGUUUAUCAAAGCUAAUGUUGAAAUAUUUUUCUUAAUAUCGUGUGGGUUUGUUCUCCUUGAGGUUUUGGAAUUGCUCGGUUUUACUGUGGUUUCCUCCCUACUGUUGUAAAAGAGGUGGCGUAACUGUUCUUUUGGUGUAUGAAAUCUUAGCACAGAAACUUUUGUAGGGUCUGGCUGGCUUUGGGGCCUCGGUAGCGUGCUUGGUAAGGGGCUGCUAAAGUGCCAAUGACACUCGCCCACUGUUUGCAUUUUGUUUCUUCCUGUGUUACAUUCGUACAUCUGAGGAGCGACUGGCUUGGGGGGGUUGGUGUUUUAAGGGUGGUGCUCAGUGGGCUGGCCACAAAGUCUGCCGAAGGCUACUUGGAACAGCAUCCAGAUAGGUAACGUGCCAUAGUAAUUACAUGCCUAAGCAUGUUCUUACUCAACAAGUAAAUACUGGAGACAUUUAACCUUAGGAAGGCUGCUUUUGUGCCUGUGACAAAAGGUAUUUUUCUUUUUUUUUUCAAUUAGUAGAAAAUGUUAAUUCCCAUUUCCCCUUCUAAUUGUAUGUCUGUAGCUGACAGUUCAGGGCUUAAGCUACUCUUAACAUAGAGGGUCAGAGUACGCCCAAGAGGAGACUCAAAGGGAUUUUAAGACAUUGGGCAACUGUAAAUCCAGCCAUCCCUCCGCUUGAGACAUCUCUCCGCUUACCGACAGUGCUGGUCAGAAGUUGGUCGAAGGGCUGGGUGCGCUGCGCAGGUGAGUGGGCAAAGCUCGCGGGGAGUUGAGGUCCUUCCCCAGCGCAGCGUCACGAGCUCUUCGCGUACAUUUGUAGACAGGGAAUGCUUUGUUCAGUGGCCUGGGGUUUAGGAUGCAAACUAAACACUCUUGAUCUGACAAUGGAAGUUAAAUGGCAUUAAGUCAAGGGAUUAAUUUUCAAAUACUUGGAUGUUUUAAAAUCCUUGGCAGGGGAUAGAAAUAGCCAGCAUGCACUUCAGAAAAGAAUAAAUGAUCAAUUCAAGCCCAUUACAUGGGAAACAUCUAACAGUAUUUUGUUUUUUGACUGUGGCUUUUUAGGGACAUGCUGAAUAACCCAAAAGUGCUAGAGACUGAGGUCCGUGGUUCCUGUAUAUAGCAGAAAAAAUUAUUUCCCCUUGGUAAAAUUGGUGAAGCAGGUUGCAGCGUUAUUGCUGUAGUCGAAAUUGCCCAGUGCGAUGGGCUGGAGGUCAACGUAGUAACAUGGGGGGAAGCUUACUCAUCUGCUUCAUAACGGGGUCCUUCUCAGGGGUGCAAAAGCAAGCAGCAGGUAAGUUCUGUGGCAAAACAUGAAGUAAGUUUGAGUAUAAUUAUUGCAGCAAUUAAAAAGGAGAAAGGAAAAAAUAAAGCCUAAUUACUGUAAAUCUGCAUUGAGUAUUACAGUCCUGUAUUACAGGAGUAUUGAGAUAUAUAUCAAUACUGA